AUGUCGACUCCAGACUACUUCACCAGCGACCCGGACUGGGAAGCAUUCGCCACUAAAAAUGACAUUCCGCUUCCCUCGACCACUUCCCGCCCACUGUCCGCCCCAAUCGACUUCACCCAACUUGAUUUCGCUUCAAUUCGAGCAUACGAGGCGACAUCUAACACCAAAUGGGCCGAAAGUCACCCCAUGGAAGAGGUCGGCUAUACUGCAAAGUCAGUCACAGUCCGAGCCCGCGAUGGUGCCGAUAUCAACGUGAAAGUGUCCUUUCCACUGUCCGACCGUCUCCACGCUAGAGGGAAAGAUAAGGCUUCUCUACCGAUCCUCUUAGUCACGCAUGGUGGGGGCUGGAUUCAAGGCAAUCACACCUCAGAGGAACUUUGGCUCUUAUACCCAUUGUACGAGCGCUUCGAUCUUGUGAUUGUCAGUGUAGAAUACCGGCUGGCUCCUGAGAACCGCUUCCCGAUCUGGAUCGAAGAUUCGGAGGAUGUACUAGAUGCCCUACUCGAUUCCCCCGAGAGGCUUCUCAGUUUAAACGCAAAUAUCAAGGUCGAUCUUAAUCGACUUAUCCUGGCUGGUUCCUCCUCUGGAGCGGGAAUCAGUGCCGCUCUCUCUCAGAUCUGUCGUGACAAAGGUAUCCCCGUCAAUGGUGUCAUCCUCAAUGCUCCCAUGCUCUGCGACCCCCGUCAUUUCCCAGCCGCCGAGUACGGUCCUUCUGAAGAGUGCCUUCGCUCAUACGCCCAGUGCAUGGAUAUAUUCAUGGGCUCAAGUGGGUUGCUCGCCGUGUGGAACCUGAUUCAUCCGGAUCCCGCCUCGGGCUUGAACAGUAAAGCGUCUCCGUUGCUCGGGGAUAUGAAAAGACUUCCACGACACUUGAUCUUUGUCUCAGGACAGGAUCCGUUACGAGAUGAGGGGAUCGCGUAUGCCAGAAAGCUAGAAGAGGGAAAUGUCCCGGUUACGCUUCAUGUCUAUAAGGGUGUCCCGCAUAAUUUUGGGCACUUUUGGGAGUUACAAGCGACAAAGAGAUUUUGGGGGGAUUUAAGAGCUACUCUGGAGGAAUGGUUGCUUUAA